UGUUUCCCAGUGUUGCGACUUAUAAAUACACGAUUGCUUUGCAUUAGUUUAUAGAGUUCCCUGCUAAUUAGUGUUGCGGUAAUGAAUAUUCGCGUUUUGCAUUAGAGUUGCGAUAUAUGAUCAAAUGCCCAAAAAUGAUCCAGUGGAGCUGCCGUGGUACAGCCUUGGAUUGGCUGUACUCAUAGGGUACUAAAGUCGGAAACCCUUUCUUUCAAUUCUUUUUACUUUUAUUUUGUUAAACAUAAUUUGAUAUCUAUUACAAAAACAUAAUUCUUAUAAAAUUACGAGUUUGAAUAAGGGAAAAAGGUCAUUUUAAUAAAAAAAUGCAUAUAGUACACAUAUAAAAUUCAGUUCCAUUAGUACCACGAGGCCGUUGCUAGAUGGCCACAGCGUUUCGUGUCCCACAAUUUGCCUUUUUUACCAAUUUGUGGAAAUAAUGCAAUUUUGUAUUUUAUUAGUUAUGCUGACCACUAUUAGAUGGGAUUGGUGGCCCAUUUUCAAAGUGUGGACUGAUAUAAAAUUAAAACAAAAAAGAUACAUACACUCGCGAUCAAAUCGGGUUACCACAAGGAAAAUGGCAAUAUAGGGGAAGAAGGAAUACUCAAAAUCUCAAUUUUGACAAUGAUGCAUCGUGUCAGGAUCUGUCAGUCGGAGAUCGGAAAAUGCGUUAUCCAGGGAACAGAUCGAAGCUGAACGUGUUUUCGACGUUGCUUAUGGGAUUCCAGCUACCAGUCCAGGAUGAAGCCUGCCUCGUCUGGUGCCUGAAGAUAACCGUACAACCCUUUUUCGAAACAUGAUUCUCUUCGAACACCAUCGAAUUAACGUGUCCAGCUUCGUGAAGAAAUAACUUCUGAAGAAUUAUCGAAGCUGACAAGCCACCCUCGGUUACGAAGGGUUGAAUUCCAGUUGAAGAGAAGAGAGAAAUGCAGGAUUUACUGUGAAAAUGCUGGUGGACGAUUGCGGCAGCGCGAUGGGGUGGACUUCGGCCAGCGUUCGCGGGGGUUGGUCCACCCCUGGCGGAUGCAGAAAUUCAGCGAUGAGCUUCAGCGGAAGUGUCCCCUCCCUUCAUCCUGCUGGCUCGAUAAGAUCGUUGCGAUCACAGCAUUCCAUGCAGGGCAUGCCAGAAACACCGCGAAGAUGUUUGCACUGUCACCCGGUACAUGUGCCGAGCACACCGAACAAUUACGUACAUCAUCCUAUGCAGUAUUACACGCCGAGCCAUUGUCCCGAGCCCAGGAAUGGUGUGUACACUCCUCAUCGGGGCAAUUCUUAUCAUGGCGAUACUCGAAUGCGUUAUAUGGACGUUGAUGAGGGUAUCGCGGCCAACAACAAUUGGAUGUUGGGUGACCUGAGGAGUCUUCAUCGUUGUGUGCCCACUUUACGUCGUCCAGGCAUAGACGUUUCUGGCAUGAGAACACAUUUCUAUCCGGAGGGUGGUUGGGGGUGGCUGGUCUGUGCCGCCGGUUUCCUCGCCCUGUUGCUCACCACGGGAAUGCAGCUCGCUUUCGGGCUUCUUCAUGUUCACGCAGCUCGACACUUUGGCGAGGAACACCUCAUGGAUCUGGCAUGGGUGGGAGCAUUGAGUGCUGCAGUUUCCCGUGGUUCUGCUCCAUUGGUUGUUGGCGCGUGUCGUCGAGGAAGUACAAGGCUUACGGCUGUGAUUGGCGGUCUCGUGUUGGCAUUGGCCUCGCUCUUCACUUCGUUCGCUGUUGAACUGCACCAGGUACUUCUUAGCUACGGUGUGGUGCUGGGAACCGGUGCUGGCCUCGUAAGGGAAACUGCCGGACUAGUGCUGGGCCAUUACUUCAGGAAACGACGGGAGUUCGUCGAGAUGGUCGUGCAAGCUGGCACUGGGGUGGGAAUAGUACUCUUCAGCGUCUUCUACAGGGAAGCGGUCGGAAAGCUGGGCUGGGAGCGUGGUAUGCAGUCUGUAACUGGAGCUCUCUCGUUGGCCUUCUUCCUGGGUUUGAUUUACAAGAGUGCCUCCCUCUAUCAUCCUCAACGACGAGCCAUGUUACACCUGAAAAAUCAACGUGGCAAAGUGAAAGAGAAGAAGUCCGCUACCAGGGUGCCCAGGCAACCAUGGGUAGACCUCAGCCCUCUGGGUAGUCGUCCCGUCAGGAUGUUAAUGUUAGCUGCAGGAGCUGCUGGUUUCGGCCUUUACACUCCUGCCUUUUACAUCGCUGUGCAGGGCCACAAAGACGGUUUAGAGGCCAGUGCUGUGGUGCUUUUGCAGACUUGCUUGGGUUUGGCAGCAGCCCUCGGUUGUGCGGCUUGGGGAGUUGUAACCGCUAGACCAUCUGCGCAGUGUCUGGUGUCCAGGCAAUACCUCUGCCAGGCGGCGCUCCUAGGAGUCGCUAUAGCUCAAGUUGCACUGGGCAGUGUGCAAGGUUACCACGGACUGGUCUUGGCGUCCGGACUCUAUGGCGCCUCUCUCGGUGGGGCUCUUUAUUCUCUGAAAAUGCUGGCUCUCGAAAGACUGAGGGCGAGACACUUUGCACGAUCCUGGGCGCUCGUACAAGCUGCGGAAGCUCUACCUAUUCUUCUCGGAGUUCCUCUUACUGGUUACAUGAACGCGAACAGCCCAAGGGUGGGUUACUACGCGUGCACUUUAAGUUCCUUGUGCGGUGCAGCGUUACUUUUUCUGGUCGGUUGGGGUCGACAACCAGUAUCACCGGUUCUACCAGGGUCGCAUCUAUCGAGCGUGAACGUCCCGCCGCCGUGUGCCUGUCCACCGCCACCCAGGCCCAGGUUACCCAAGUCUCAGUCUCUUCACGUGCCGUUAGACGUCGAAGAGAACCUACGGGAGAGGGAGAUGGAGAGGAUGCACACUGCCGAUCAUUAUUAUCAGCCACAGUUCUACGGACCUCUGAGACCCAGCAAGAGCGUACCAGAGGGUCUGAGCCAUCAGGACUCCUACAGGAGUCGACCGAGACGUCAUCGCGACGUCACGGUGAUCGAGCAGAUCACUACUAGCGUCUAAUAGAUCAAUUCGAGGAAAAGAUACGUUCGGAGAUACGGUGAUACUUAGCUGUGAUUAGAUGUUGAAGUACACAGCAGUUGUUGGUUGUUGUACCCUUUGGUUGGGUCUAAGAUUAUUGUUUAGAUCGUGGAAAAUAAUGAUAGGGAGUCAUAGAUCAUUCGUGACAUUUCGUACGAGUCCUUUGGAUCACUGACAAACAGGAAACUCGAAGGAAGAUGGAAAGACUAACAUCAGCAGGAAGACUCGUGGAACUUUACGACCUCGAUGGAGGAUUUUUACGAGCGUACAGAAUUCAGGACACUACUGCCUUCGCGGAAACAUAAAAUCGUGUGAGGAAAAAGAAAUCUCGAGAGGAUGUUUCUUGUUUGUAGUCGAAUCAUUCGUUUACCUACUUCGCUGCCGUUCUUUGCUUCUCGAUUACAUUCCUGUUCGUAUAAGUUGUCUGACACUUGAUAAAUCUAGACGUUACUCUAUCCUAAAUAUUGCGGGUACCCGAACCUCAGGUCGGGUCGGGUCGAAUAUCAACUUGGUACUCGAACUGCUCUCAAGAUCCGAAAUUCAAUUCGAGAACCAACACUGCAUCUUUCAGAUCUACCUUAAAUUCUUAAGUUUGAAAGUAUUUCUAUAUAUUAUCGGAUGUAAUUAAGUUUAGCGUCUCGAGUCAACUUUCGGUCCCGAAAUUACGGGUACCCGCACACCCCUGCUAAAUAACUUUUUAUUAAAAUUUUAUGAUACAAAUGAAUUACAUUAAUUAUUACUACUUAUUUUUGUUAAUUUAUGCAAGUGUCCAAUGACUCGUACAGGAGGGUGUACAUUUCCAAUAUUGACGAUUAACCUCCGUUAAACCAAAAGCUCAUUACGUCGCGCUAUUUCCAUAGAACCCCAUUAAGGUUGAUAUUGCUCUCUAAAAUUCGACAAUUAUCGCACGGUUUCGUGGAAACUGCAUAAUCCCAGACUGGGUCUGGUUCGGUUAAUCGAGACGAUCUUUUGUGCAUGCAAUAUCCGUGAACAAUACGAGCCGCUAUUAUCGUCGACUGUGUUCGAACGCACACACGUUUCUGUAGAGGACGGUUGACGUUGAAAUCUCGCGUCAUCGGAAAUUCUAUUGAGCCGAAUCGGUAGAUGGACCGAUUGGCAGAUGCCAGGCCAACGGUGCGUGUCAACAUGGUCGCGUAUAAGAUUACGAGCGGUCGAGUUACCCGGAUCGCGUUUGACUACCGGGAAAUUUCGAAUUUAACACCUAUCACCAUUGUUUGCCGGGUUUGCCGGGAAGUGGAUAGCUUUUGGUGAACGAGCACCAACCACGUGGAACUUUACGUGUGAUUUUCAUCUGCUUUUGUAGAUCGAUGAUACAGGAGUCUCUGUUGCUGUAUGGAGAAUAUCCGAUGAUUAUUAAAAUUGUACGAUUUCAAUUAUCCUUAUAUUGGAAUAAUUAUCGUUGAAUUUAUUGGGUAUUUUGUUUAUGUUUAAAGGAUAUUAGUAAUUGGUAGUGUUAUGUGGGUACUCGAUAAUUCAGGUCGGGUUCAGGUCGGGAAAUUGCGGGUACCCGAAUAAAUUUAUGUGCUGACCCUAUCCCGACCCGACCCUAUCAUUGCCCGAUUCGAUCCAAGACUUAUUAUGGUAAUUAAAAAAUUUAUUUAAGAAAAGAAUUACUGCCAAAGAAAUAAUAUUUUCCAUGCAACAACAGAGAUUCAUAAACUGUGGUCAUGAAAUGAUUAAAUCAAAAUCAGAUAAAGUAUUAAACCCCUUUUCAAAGAAAAGGAUCCUGAGAUUAAAUUAAAUAUAAGAUGUUAAUCAAAAUAAUUAUUAAAUCUAAAACUGAGAGAGAUGAAUAACGAGUGUUCAGGGAAACGAAUCAUAGACUGUUGACGUAUCAUGAAGAGGUUUUAUGUUCUUCACCAAUUAACGGCGAAAAAAUGCUAUUAAUAAAAUGUAAAUGGAAUUUAUAUAUAGUCUAUCUGAUCUAUAAUAAUAAGUUAGGGAAAUACAUUAUUCGUGUUAAUGAUUUUCUUAGUUACAUUGUUAUUACGAGGGAAGUAUCUAUUCAUUAAUUAAUCACUGUACACCGUUUUAGUUUAUUUAAUAUUAAAAAUUGAGAAAAGGAGCUGCAUUGAAAGUAAAUUAAAAUUUUUUAACAUAAUUAGUGUCUUUCUGUUGUGAUCACCAAUGGAUUGAUAUUUCUCUCUGGCGUGUGCUCACAAAAAUAACACUUAGAGACUUAAAAAAUUGAAUUGAAAGGUUUAUGUUGUUAGAAGAAAAGAUAUAUACAUAUGUAAAGAAGGCGGAGCUGGUCUUCGUCUCUGUUCGUCGCACGAAUCGUUAGAAAUUUCGUUUUGCGUUUUCUAAUAUACAGUAGAAACCUGGAAAGUAAGUACAACUUAGGAACAAUUAUACGCAUAUUGUAAUCUAUAAGAGAAGAAAAAAAAAAUUAAUCAAAAAGGCUCUCGUCUCGAAAAAUCAGCUGUAAUUUGUGCAUAUACAAAGGUUCAAUUAUAGUCUCUAUUAGAGAGAACAACUGUAACUUUUAUCCAAGUAUUUGAAAAAUGAGAAACAGACUUCGUAAAAAAUAUUGUACACUCUGUAACAAAUAUUCUACUUAUCAUUCAUUGAACGUUGUCUCGAAUUCUGAUAGAAAUUCCAGUAUUCUAUGAAAGAGAAAUUUCUUAUCGACUGAUUUUCAAGUCAAUAUCAACGUUUUACCGGUGCCUUUCGUUCUGUGAUUAAAGAAAAUUAAUAUUACUUUGAAUUUUUAACUCAAACAGCCUUUCGAGCUACUAUAUCUUUAAAAGAUUAUUUUAAACUAAAGUUACCCUAAAAGUUAGUUCGUUAAUUUAUUCAAAAUGAACUUGAAGAGUCUGAAAUAGUAGUUCUUAAUUGGCAAUUAUAAUUCUAAAGAAAAUCGCAGAAGUAAUGAAAUAAAAUUAUUAUAGAAAUUAUGGUACCGGUUAAAAUUAGAAAUCUUUUAUUCCUAUUAGCGUGUAAAACAGAGGCGUCAUGUUAAUGAUGCCUUUUUCUAGGUAUGGAGCUUUGUCGCCUCCUUCCUUUUUUUUUAAUAAGUAAAAAAAAGAUUUUACUUCUUUUUUUUUAUUAAUGUAAAUGUUUCUGGUAAUGUAAAGUAAGAAUGAAUCUUAAUUUUGACGAUAUUAAUACUAAAAGUAAUUUAGAAAAGGAAUAAUAUAAUUUUCAAUGAUUAAAUAUCAUAUUAAAUCGCAGCCAAAGGGUUAAUUUGUUGUAAUUUUUAAUUCUCAACUGUAAGGUCCGGUAUUAUAUGCCCCUAAGCCAGCAUUUGGUUUCACAAGAGCUACCAUACCCUACUUGACGCCUCUGGUGUAAAAGAAAGAUCAAUGAUAAGACUUUGAUACGGUAAUUGGAAAUGGUAAAAGUAAUUAGUACCUGAUUUCGCUUAGGUAGAAAAAGAAAUUGUUAGUUCGUCUGAAAGAUCCCAAAACCAUUUACAACACUCUUCGUUAAUUCUCUAUGGUGAAUUAUUUGUAUACUGCCAAUUUUUAUAGAAUAUCGCCAAAUAUUCUUCGAUGCACUCGAUCUAAAUGUAAUUUCAUGGAAAGCGUAAAAUAAUUCCACGAACCAACUGAUACAUCUUAGAAUUAAUUACGUACACGUGUUUUUUCGACAAUUUACUGUAUUUGAAUGGAAACGAAACCGAAGACACGGAUUUCAAUAUUCUUAAAGUCUAUCUUUAAUUACUAGACAAUGAAUUGAGAUCCUUCAUUUUCGAUUAAAAUUCCAAACGAUUUAAAAGAAACGUAAGAUUUCGAGCUUCUUUUUAUAAAGCAUGUACAAUACUUCCCUUCUUAGCACCAAUUCUACCUGACCAGAGUCUUUUUUAAUCUUUGCGAAUUUUCCAAAAAAGUUACCUGUCUAUGGUACUUCGAUAGUCACAAGCUUUGGAACAGAAUUUCGAGCUACGAUUCUCAAGAAAGCAAAACCAGUUUUAUACCUCGUAGCAACUUGGAAAGAUUUUUUAAAAAAUAGACCACUUUCUCUCCCGAUUUCCAUUCGUGUAAUUACUAUUUUUAUUAUUUACUAUAACGUGACUAAAUGUACGCUUAAGAGUUAAAGUGAGACUAUCGAGGAGGUAGAAGUGAAAGAAGCGAUUCGAAUGAUGGUUUAUGGAACCCUUUCGCUACUGAAAAUCAUUAUAUCUAUUGAAUUUUCAUAAACAUUAAUAGAAGAUUAUACUCGUUUGUCUAUUGAGAGGACAGAAAUAGUGAGAUUGACUAAGAAUAUUUAUUUCUAAUUUACUUAUAUUUAAUUUAGGGAAUGAAGAAAGUGAAAACCGACUGAAACUAUUACAGUAUUAUAGUACUACCUCUCUAAAUGGCACAAAUUUGGGUGGCGCCUUGCCAUUUAGAGAGGUAUUCAUUUUAGAUUUUAUUUCUAAUUUAUGUAUUUUUGAUUUGGUGAAUGACGAAAGCGAGAACGACUGAGAAUAUUAUAGAGUCACAUAUUACCUUUAUAAAUGGCAUGAACUUGGUGCCUUGCCACUUAGAGAGGUAUUUAUUUUAAUAUUUAUUUCUAAUUUACUUAUAUUUAAUUUCGAGAGUGUACAACGUGUAAACGACUGAAAAUAUUGCAGUAUUAUAAUCUUACCUUUGUAAAUGGCAUAAGCUUAGAUCCACAUUGUACCUCUUAAAGAGGUAUUCAUUUUAAAAGUUAACAGUGUUACCUAUCCUCCAGUUUGCUUAUUUUUUAUUUGAUCAGCGAUGAAAAUGAAAUAUAGCGAAAACGAUUGAAAUAUUAUAGUAUAAACUCUGUAAAUGGCAGAGGCUUAGGUCAGCGCUUUACCCUUUAGAGAGGUAUUCGCUUUAGCAUUUGACGGUGUUAUCUAUUCUUCAAUUUUAUUAAUGACAAAAGUGAUAGAUGCAAUACAGCAUAGUCUAAUUAAAAAUAUAUGCACUAUUUGGCCAAAAUAAAGUAGCGAAAGGGUAAAAUAAAAUUGUUUGUUCACUAUGAACCACUGUAUAGACUGACGGUAUUAGAGUUUCGAAAUAAAAACAGAAAGGUGAAGACUUGCCAACAAGUAUUUGCACAAUUACGAUAGACUUCGAGAUGGAAAGUCAGUUGGACAUCGACUUUCCCGAGACUCUUGUUUAGGUGUAUUUCGAAGAAUUCUCUUUGAUAAAUGAUGUACACAUAUACAUACACAUACACGAUGUAUACUUAAUUCUUGUGAAAAGCUUGAUGCAAACCGGCGUUCACGAAACUCGUGACUUCUUUACGUUUUAAACGGUACAAUGGCACACGAAGAGGUCUCUCAAUUACGAAGCGUUGAGCAUUUUGUAAAAGUUUUAUAAAUAGUUCUAUGUAGUUGAACAGCUGGACCAAUAAAGUGUAUAUCCGAUUGUACGGAUCAAUUAA